CAGACAGACUAACGAACGGAGGGACGACCAACCAAGUAACUGAACGUACUAUGAGCCGUGAGGAGAUUCAUUGAAAUGGCCUUGACGAUGAUCCGAUGGAUGAUUGUCAGACUCAUUGAAAGGUAUCUUGUGGUAGUUCAGUUCACUUUGUGUCCACGACGAUUGUCCAAGACAAUAGUGCCCCCUGGUUGGACUUGUCAUUGAUCAAGUCACGUUUUAGAACUCCACUUGAUACUUGAUAAGUAGAUUAUGCUAGCAGCAUGGAUCAGCCCUUGUGGCCGGCGAAAAAAUCCUCCCAAGCGUCCAACCAAACCGAGCACUUUGAAUCGAGCCAUGGACGGUCUAGAGUUCCGAAAACGUGGUCGGGAGAUGGUGGACUAUAUUGUGGAUUAUCUGGAUAACAUUGACGCGAGGCGAGUGACGCCUAGCAUCGAACCCGGCUAUCUCCAAGAACUCGUCCCGGAGAAUCCGCCCGAGAAGCCGGAGAGCUUUGAUGCCAUCAUGGAUGACGUUGAGAAGAAGAUUAUGAUUGGGAUGACUCAUUGGCAACACCCGAGGUUUCAUGCCUAUUUCCCCGCGGGCAAUUCUUUCCCUUCCAUCUUGGGUUCGAUGCUCGGCGACGCCAUCGGAUGCGUCGGGUUUUCUUGGGCUGCAGCUCCUGCUUGCACGGAGCUAGAAACCAUCAUGUUGGAUUGGAUGGGAAAAAUGAUCGGGCUUCCGGACGAUUUCUUGAGCAACAAAAAGGGUAGCAUCGGCGGGGGUGUCAUUCAGUCUUGUGCAAGUGAAUGCAUCCUGGAUUGUUUGUUGGCCGCCCGCGCUCAGAUGAUCCAAAGGCUGAAAGUCAAAUAUGGAGAUGAAGUGGAGGAGACCUCAUUGCUGUCCAAGUUAAUGGCGUAUUGCUCGAAAGAGGCCCAUUCCUGCGUGGAAAAGGCUGCCAUGAUUGGCUUCGUCAAGUUGAGGAUUCUUGAGCCGGAUGAGAGCUGCAGCCUUCGAGGCGAGACCUUGCGUCAGGCCAUGGAAGAGGAUAUGGAGAAUGGCCUUUAUCCCUUCUUUGUGUCCACCACUUUGGGAACCACGGGAUGUUGUGCAUUUGAUAACUUGAAAGAGAUCGGUCCCAUUUGUGACGAGUAUGGGGCGUGGCUUCACGUGGACGCCUCCUAUGGGGGGAAUUGCUUCAUUUGCCCAGAAUAUCAAUAUCUCAUGAAAGGCGUUGAAUACGCGUCCUCGUUCAAUAUGAACCCGAACAAAUGGAUGUUGGUGAACUUUGAUUGCUCCUUGAUGUGGGUUCGGGACCGGUUCAAAUUGACCCAGGCGUUGGUUGUUGAUCCGUUAUACCUUCAGCAUAGUUACUCUGAAUCUGCCAUCGAUUACAGGCAUUGGGGCAUUCCCCUCAGACGUCGAUUCCGAUCUCUAAAACUUUGGUUCGUUAUCCGGACCUAUGGCGUGAGUGGACUGCAAGAAUAUAUCCGGGAGCAUUGUCGACUGGCCAAACUUUUCGAGCAAUAUGUCAAAUCUGACCGACGCUUCGAGGUCUGCAAUAAUGUUCGAGUUGGUUUGGUAUGUUUUCGAUUGUGUCAUAGUGACGAGGUGAACCAGAAGUUGCUCUCUGCUAUCAAUGCCUCUGGCAAAUUGCAUAUGGUUCCAGCCUCUGUGAAUGACAAAUAUGUCAUUCGAUUCUGCGUAUGCGCUCCCAAUGCCACGGAUGAAGAUAUUGAAUAUGCUUGGCGAACAAUUGCUAAAAUGGCUACGGAUGUACUCGAAAAGAUGGAAAUUAUGGGUGACGACAUGGUGAGAAUCAAGACUGAGGAAGGCGAGGAAGGGGACAAUUUCGAGCGAGAGAAUUCGGCACAAAAGGUCGAGGACAAACCCAAGCAUAACAUCAAAUACAAGCGAUCCUUCUUUGUGCGAAUGGUCUCCGACCCAAAGAUCUACAACCCCAAGAUCGUCAAGAUCAAGGACAUGGAGGCGGAUGGGAUCGACGAGGAGAACAAUCAACCUGGACGAAAGAAAAAAACAGGCAAACGGACUUGGGUCUCCUGGCCUUUGGCUUUCAUCCUCAGAUCAGGUUCCAACACAAGAAGAUCUCAAGACGUGGCCACCAUGGCCGAGAAAGAGGUCUCCAUGAGAUUCCGAAACUGGAACACUCGUUUGACCAUCUCACCUCAUGGUCCAUCGUCUGCUUCAUCCGAAGGGAGUUCGCCAACCAAAGCAAAAAGGGCGGAAGAUGUUGAUGAUGACUUGUUGGCCACUGGAGAGGCCAUGGAUCGCCUUACCGUGAACAAUAACAUCCAGGCUCAUCCCACGACUGCAUGCAAAGCGGAAAGUAUUGAGAAGCCAGAAUGAGCACCUCACAUAACCUAACAGUAUUAAGAAGAGUCGUUCAAUUUCCCCGCUUUCAAUGCCGCAUUUUACGUAUUUAUUCAAGGCUUAUUAUCAUUAUAAUGAUUGUCGUGUUUGUUUUGUGUUCAUAUGUUACGAAUAGAGAUAAAGAACAGUUCACUGGA